GUCGGUACAAAAACUCUGAGUUUUAAGUAAAGUAUCAAACAGCAACAAUGGCACAUGGUGGCAGACCAGAAAGACAAGCUCCUCCAGAAAUAUUUUACAAUGAAGAUGAAGCCAGGAAAUACACAUCAAAUACUCGAAUGAUUGAAAUACAGAAUCAGUUGUCAGAAAGAGCCAUUGAACUACUAGGAUUACCUGAAGAUCAGCCAUGUUUUAUAUUGGAUGUUGGGUGUGGUUCUGGACUAAGUGGUGAAUGUUUGACAGAUAAUGGACAUUGUUGGAUAGGUGUGGAUAUUAGUCCCCACAUGCUUGACAUAGCAGUAGAAAAAGAAUCUGAAGGAGAUCUUGUGUUAGGUGAUAUGGGAGAUGGUAUGCCAUUCAAAGCAGGAACAUUUGAUGCAGUCAUUAGUAUAUCAGCUUUACAGUGGUUAUGUAAUGCAGAUAAGAAAUAUCACCAUCCACCAAAGAGAUUAUUCCAGUUCUUCACAACAUUGUAUGCCUGUCUGUGUAGAGGAGGCAAGGCUGUAUUCCAACUAUAUCCAGAAAACAGUCAACAAUUAGAAUUGAUAACACAACAAGCAAUGAGAGCAGGCUUUACUGGGGGUCUAGUUGUAGAUUUUCCUAACAGUACAAAGGCUAAAAAAAUGUUUUUAUGUUUAUUUGCUGGCGGUCAACCACAGCAACUUCCCAAGGGACUGGGUACAGAAGGUGCUAAUACUUCACAAAAUCAAGUUGCCUUCAGUGAUAGAAGACAAAACUUUAAACAAUUAAGAGGUAAAAAUCCAAAGAAAAGCAGAGAUUGGAUUUUAGAGAAAAAAGAACGAAGGAGGAGACAAGGAAAAGAAGUUAGACCUGAUACAAAAUACACAGGAAGAAAAAGGAAAGCACACUUUUAAAAAUAAAAUAACUUAUUUAUGAACUGUAAUGAUGUGUGUUAUUGACUCAACUGACUUGCAUUAGAGAUUGUAUAGGAAGAUGGGAACCAUGAAAAUAUUAUCAACUGUGGAACCAAGAAAUUACUACAAACAAAUAUUUUAUUGAUUUUAACUUUAUGAAGAUAUUACAAUGGCUGUUUUGGAAUGCCCAAAAGACUGUUUGGCUUGGGAUCUGUUUGUUAUUUAUGGAUAAAUACCAUAUCGUAAUUAUUAACUGAAACUACCUUAUAAAUUGGUAUUGUUAGAUAUUACAAUAAAUGUCUUUAACAAAGAA